AUGCUCCGCCGAACAAAUUUUUUCAGAAUCGGGCUUGAUAAGGUGAUGUCGCUGUCAAGUGCGGUGCAGGAUAUAAAAAAUGGUGCGACACUUGCCGUUGGUGGGUUUGGAACAGGCGGAAUGCCGCAUGCCAUAAUGCAAGAGAUCAAAAAGAUGGGCGUGCGAGACCUCAUUAUUUAUAGUGACGGUGCCGGUGUUGACGGAUACGGUAUAGGGGUUCUCUUCGAAAACAAACAAAUCAACAAGAUGAUCGUAAGUUACGUUGGAAACAACAAAAUAUUCGCGAGGCAAUACCUGGAAGGUGAUGUGGAGCUGGAAUUCUGCCCCCAAGGAAGUCUUGCUGAGCGCAUGCGUGCAGGUGGUGCAGGCAUCCCCGCAUUUUACACCCCAACCGCCGUUGGUACAGUACUGCAAACUGGAGGGCAGAUUACAAAGUACGAUAAAAAUGGAGGUGUCUUGAAGGAAUCCACCCCACGCGAGACUCGCUUCUUUGGCGGUCGUCUCUACUGCUUGGAAAAUGCAAUUAAGACAGACUUUUCUAUCGUCAAAGCGUGGAAGGGGGACCGCUGCGGCAACCUUGUCUUUCGCGGUACGGCACGCAACUUCAAUGUUCCCGUGGGACAGUGUGGCCAAACGGUCAUCGCGGAGGUGGAAAACCUCGUAGAGAACGGCGAUAUUGAUCCCGAUGAGGUUCACCUUCCGGGUGUAUAUGUUGAUCGUGUUGUGGUUCCAGAACGGUACCAGACGUUGAUUGAACACCGCACUGUGACAAGACAUGACGGAGCGGGCAACAAACCAACCAAAGCAUCCACACGUGGCGAGGAGGUGCGUCAGCGUAUCGCCCGCCGUGCCGCCCUCGAAUUUGCCAACGGAAUGUACGUCAAUCUCGGUAUCGGCAUCCCAACGGAGUCAUCCAAUUACAUUCCUGCUGGCGUUAACGUUGUGCUGCAAUCGGAAAAUGGACUCAUUGGCAUGGGACCUUUUCCAACAGAGGAUAAAGUGGAUGCUGACUGGAUCAAUGCUGGAAAGCAAACCAUUUCACAUCUCGCGGGCUCCGCCCUCUUCGACAGCGCCACAUCCUUUGCGAUGAUACGCGGUGGUCACAUGGACCUUACGAUGCUUGGCGCAUUAGAGGUGGCUGCCAACGGUGAUCUCGCCAACUUCAUGAUUCCUGGUAAACUCGUCAAGGGUCCUGGCGGUGCUAUGGAUCUUGUUUCAUGUGGCACGCGUGUUGUUGUGACGACAACACAUUGCAGCAAGAAUGGGGAUCCCAAGAUUGUCGAACGCUGCCGUCUUCCCGUUACGGGAAAACACUGCGUUUGCCGCAUCAUUACCGAAUAUGCUGUAUUUGAUGUCGUUGACGGUCGUUUGGUGCUGAAAGAAAUUGCGGAAGAUACAACUGUAGACCAGGUGAAGAAGCUGACAGGUGUUGGAUUUGAUGCAGAUAAUGUGAUAACGAUGCCAUUGGCGCCCCUCACGUAG